UGUUAAGACGCGACUUAUGACAUUCCUUGCGACAUUCUGGGAGCUUGUUUUAGUAUUAUAUAAAUUUAAAUUAAAGUUUCCCACUUCUUGUACAUUAGUUUUUUAACAGCUUCUAUAGAAUUAAAUUAGUUUGGAUUAAGCUUGGUGCAAAUGAUCAUUGACUUUUUAGACUAAUUCACCCCCCUCCAAAAAGCGAAAUGUAAGAUGUCUCUCUCAAAAGGUUGUGAUAAGUCCAGCUCCUGAAAAUAAGGAUCGGUUAAUUAAACAACAUUCAAAUAGAAACAAGGAAAUCACACGAAGUGUAAAUUCCAUGAAUUCAAAACAAUAUCAGAAGACAGGAUGGCUCAGUCAUGCAUUAAUUUAUUUGGAGAUAACGUUCUGGGUAACAGAUAACGUUCAAUCUAUUGUAGCAAAAAUUGAAUUUCUAAAUGCAAGAUACGGAGAGACCAAGCAGCCUCGUAAAAUCUUAAACGUUAGAUCCUCAAAAUAUGAAGCCGCUGAAGCAAUUCAUUCCAACAAAAAGUAUUGGAAAAAUGUAUUUGAUGUUAUUGACUCAGCUAAUAAAGAACCGAUUGAGGAACCAGAAAUUCGGUUACUAUCGGAAGCUCUACCUACAGAACUGUUUAGAAAAGUUUGUAAUAUUUUAAACAUACAAGCAACUGGCAAAGAUUCCCGUAGGGAAUCCAAAUCUGCAGAUGAACGUAAACGGCGUUUAACUAAAAAGGCCUUCCUAUCUAUAAGACAAACGUUUGAUAUAGAUAGGGAUUUAGAAUCGGAUACAGAUGUAGAAAUUAGUACAAGUGAAGACGAGGAAGAAAAUAAGAAAUUAAGGAUGUAUCAGGAAUUCUUGCGAAAACCAAUUCGAGAGCAAAUAACAUGGGCUUCCCAUUAUCUUGAACCUGAAAGGGAGGACGAAAAAACGCUUGUUAAAAAAGCUGAUGAUUUAACAAAUAGAAUAGCAGAUGAGUUUUGUGAUUAUAUGAAAGAGCUGGGUGGUGAUCAACAAUCACAAUUAUUUACACCAAGAGCUAUAAAAGAACUAUUCCAGAUCGAGUUUGAUACCCACGUAGCCCGAAGUCUUCAAGUGGUACCAAAAGAACUUCCCUCUGUCAAUGAACGUAUUGCCAAAGUUACGGAUAAUCCCGAGAAGUCACGAUACGCUGCCCUUGACCGAGAGAUAUCGAAAGACAUCAAAGCGGAGGGUCGUAAAGACCGUGUAAGAUGUUUCGGCCGUACGUUGCCUAGAAGAGAGCAGUGGCGGACCCCCCGCAAUGACACUAAGACCCAAUGGAGGUCAGCGCGACACGUCCCCAGAGAUCUUGUAACUUUGAAAACUGUCUGGGAAGGUAUCACUAACCUUAGGAGCGUAAAAGAAUACUGUCGUUGGAUGAUCGAACACCCGGAGUACCGUAGAGCUCCCUAUUUAAAAAGCCUUGGUAUGUUUGACCAUGGAGUGUUAGAUGCCAGACUGACAUUCGAGUUGCAGCCAGAUACCAACCCACCAGUAUCGCAUACAGAUAUACCUGCACCUAUUGAACAUAUUCGAAAACGCCUCUCUGAAUUAGCAGACUUGAACUAAAAAAAUCAUGUUACCCGAAAUUUAAAAUUAUGGAAUACCACCGGAAAAUAAACAAGGAUUUAGUUUUAUAUAUACUUGAUUUUUAAUCACUGUAAGUGAA